AUGAAUGCAAGUUAAGCGCUGCCUAGAGAAAUUAUUUAAUGGUUAGAUUCUUUAGAUCUAGCGUAUCAGGUUAGAAAUGUUAGAAGAGAUUUAGCAAAUGGAUUCGUUAUUGCUGAAAUUUUGAGUAGGUAUUUCCCAAGAGAAGUAAAUAUUUACACUUAUGACAACGGAUAACGACUUGAAAGGAGAAGAGAUAAUUGGGAAUAAAUAUCUAAAUUACUCUUAAAAAAAAGCUUUUUAAUUGCUCCUGAAGAUUAUGAACCCAUAUAUAACUAAGCUCCUGAAGCAGCUUAUGUUUUCCUUCAGAAACUUUAUGAAUUUACAACUCGUCGUAAAUUAAAUUUAGAUAAAAAACCAAAAAAGUCAGGUGAAGAGGAGGACGAGGACUACAAUCCUCCAGCAUAUUUGAAACCUACUGGAGCAACCUUAGCUAGAGAUAGGGAAUUAACAAGAAUUACAGAUAACGAUCUUAGAGAAGCUCGUACUAAGGUUGUUAUGGCUUAACAUGAAGAAAAUAUAAGAUAAGAAAAAUAAAAUUCAAAUAUCAAGGAGUAUCUCACAUUUAAAAAGAGACAAUAGUUAGAAGAGUAGCUAAGAAAAGAGGAAGAAAUGUUGCUAGAGCGUAAAAAAAAGUAUAAUAAAAAUAUUUAAGACUCUCUUCAGCCAGAAGUAAGAGAAAUACAACUAAAAUCAUACAAUUCUUCAACUAGUAAGAAAAAUAAAGAGCAAUAAGGUCAGUUAAUGGAAGCAAAAGGCAUUUUAGAUUUUUUAUAAGAUCAAUCUUCAACUCUAUUCAAAAAGGAACCUAUAGCUUUAGAUUUAAAAAAUUUAGGUAUUGAUGAAAAGAAGCCACAGCUUAUUGUAGAGAUAUUCAAUAGAUGCGAUGAAGUUAGAAAAAAAUCUAUGAAAGUUCUAUUGUAAAGCUUUAUCGACAAUAACAUACCAUUGAUUAUUGAUACCUUAAACAAUAACUUCUUAGAUUUUAAAAAAUUUUUCUUCAUGUUUAUAAAGCCUUUAAAUUAUUUAAGCAAUACUUCUAAAACUUUUAUGUAUAUUCUGAGUUUAUUCCGUAAGGUUGCUAGUGCUUUAGUAGAAUCAGAUGCUUAGAGUACUUAAAUGAUGUUUGAAAAUAUUCUUCUAUCGCCUUUACUUGAUGUUAUAGCUAAGCAUCCUACAAAGAAAGAAAGUUUAUGUGACAUUAUUUAUCGCUUCUGCUCCAAAGAUAGUACUGCUCGUUUACAUAUGAUUAAAUAGAUAUAGCAUUUACUCAAUACACGCUCAUAGGAAUUUGUUUCGAUUCUAGCAUAGCUAAUUACUUAAAACUAUGAAGAUGAUUUUGAUGUAGAACUUUACAGAGUAUUCUUUACUUAUUCUAUCAGAUCUCUUACAUCUACUUCUCCAGUAACAAGAGUAAAUGCUCUUAAGAUUUUAAAUGAAAUUUGCUUUUAUGAUUAUAUUCCUGUUCUCUCUAAAAUUCAAACAUUGAAUAAUCUAAUAAAUGAUGAUUGGUGGGAAGUUAAAGCCCAAAUAUUGAUUAUUUGUUAAAAUUUACUUCUUUACUUAGCUUAAGAAGAUGAAAAUUAUAAGCUUUACAAAUAACAAUAACUUCACAAUUAAUCUCAUUAAAAGAAGUAAACUGAAGGAAAAGGGAGUCAAGAAGCUGAUUCAGUCAAGAGUGAUAUCUAAAAUAGUUUUUAAGGAGAAAAAGAUGAUUUUUCACCUGUUUAAAAUGGUAAAAAUUAACCUCGCUAAUCAACUAAAAAGAAUUCUGUAGCUUCUUAAUACAAAUAAAGUGAAGAAAAUGAAGCUAACCCUCCUGAAGCUCUUUAAAACUCACUUUAGCAAGAAGCAAUAGAUGAAUAAUAAGAUAUUGAAGAUAGAAAAGAGCGUUAAAAAUAUUUGAUGAAUAUAGUCUAUUGCAUAUUUGAUUCUAAACACAGCUAAAACAUCCUUCGUAUUGGGCUUAUUUAUCUUGCACCUGUUUUAAAUUUCUAUCCAAUUUUAUGCAAUAGAUACUUAGAUAUUUUAUUAAAAAUAUCUCCUAAUAUUAGAGAAUCAGUACUCUUAACAAACCCUACCUAAGGGGAGGAAGAAGGCUAGAUAGUUGGCGGAUGCAAUUCCUUUAAAUAUAAAUUAACUUCUGCUCCUAUCAGCUGGAAUAGUGUGGGUAUAGCUGAAGCCUUGAAUGAAUACGUACAUUAGGAGAAAUUAAAAGAAUUUAGUUAAGAACACCUAGAAAUAAUUAUUGGAUGUCUCCACAACACAUUGCUUGAUAAAGAUAGUGAAACAUGGAUAUCGAUAUUCAACAAAUUAAAGAAUUACAUUUUUUUGGCUCUAUUAGAAAGAGAAAUGUGUUCGCUUGCUAGUGAAAUAAUCAAGCGUAUUUUCUUAUUUUAAGCAAUAUAAAUGCGUGUUAUGUAGGAUAGUAAAGCUCUUUUCCUUCGUUUAAUUGAUUUGACAUAUGAUCCAGAUACUGACUAACAGUGCUAAGAAAAUCUUUUAGAACUAUUCGAGUUUUUAAAUUCUCAAGGACAAUAGUUCAAGAACUAUAAUUACAAUAUAAUUAAAUAGUUUUCAGAAUAAUAAAAAGAUAAAUUCUUACGCAGUAAUUUGGUAGAAUUUAUGAAUAGUCUUGCUCGUGAGCGUCGCCAAGAAGCAUAUGGAGAUUCUCCAUACAAUUGA